CUUCCGUCGUCCGUCAUCGGCCAGCCGCCCUGACUGAAGAAGGAAUUUUUCAGCUCUAUCCAGGCUCAAUGGACCUCAAUAAACUGUCAAUGGGUGGGGGGGGGCCUACGCUCCCGUGCAGCUGGCUGCUUGGCCCUGGGGUGACCGGCAAAUUAGCCGACGGCUUCCAACACCACUCCAAAUGGGAACUUGACGCCAUUCCAAUGCGCCCCCAAGACACUGACUGCCAUUGACUUCCAUGGACUGUCGCUGCCUGCUAUUGACCGCCACUAACUAACCUUGAACACCAGCCGCCCAUGAGAGUCCUUACGAUGUAGUCUAACAAACCCCCGACUCUGACCACCCAAUACUACCGCAAGAGCCAGCCAAGCAUGAACCUCAUCUACCUAUACGUGCCAAAAACCCAAACGCGUCGUGGACGAAUGCUCGCGCAGUCUUUCGUGCUCCCAUCGGAUACGGCGGCCCGCACGUCGCCCACCAUCAUCCAUUCCAAACUCAAUUUCUUGCCGCCUUCGGCUCCUUGCAGGAGGGAUGCUCCCUCCAACCUUCGAGAAGUCUCGGUCGGCAUCCUCUUGGCCGGCAACCAUCAUUGGCGAGAGUUCGCAUCUUGCCCAAAGUGGUGUCAUUCGACGACGAGUCGCGUCACCCCUCUCCCCUAGGGAGCCGAUAUGCCGACAGGAAUAACAUCUCACGGCCCCAGGUUCCGCGUGUCUGAGUGCCACACGGCCCCAAAGAGAAUGGUCAUGACUGCAUGAAAAUGCCUUUGCUGGCUGGCCACACACAACCCAACUCUCUUGGAGUUCCCAACGCGGCGGGCUAGUGCCCUGGCAGCGUGAGGUCUAUCGAUUUGGCUUUCGCGGUGCCUCUCCUAGUUGACGGGUUCCUGCGCCUCCUUGCAUGCCGUUGCGUGGAAGCCGCUCAAGCGCUCGCUCGUCGGCGUCGCAAUCUUGUGCAACGGCGCCACAGAUCGCGCGGCCCAGGAAUGGAAUCGUGCCGCUUGCGGGCGUCCUCGAACCGGCUGGCCGAUGACUGACGUGUUCCCCUAUUCGAGUCGAUUGGCGUCCCUAUCCGAGGCCACCGCGCACCAUCCGGCAGGAUCUCGCAGAGCUGUGUUUCCAUACCAACAGUCCAGUCUCGGCUCGUCCACCCUACGACUCGAGGCGGCUGACGUAUGAGCCAGAGUAACUAACCCCCGCCGUCGGCUCGCCCGCGUCUCGAAGCCUUUAGAACGGCGCUCCCGCCCGCACGGAUGUUGCACGAACACACAACAUGACUUGUCCGAUGUUGCUCACCGACGGCCGUCUCUACCCAGUCUUCUGUCGAACGUUGCACCACUUCGUCGGGGCGACCAAAAUGCCACGGGCUCGGAACACGAUGUCGCCGAGACAAUCAGUGGCUGAAAAUUUCCGCCACAUGCCGGCCACUCUGUGCAGAUGGCCGAUGGAGCUCGUCGCGUGCCUUCGGCCCAAAGGCUUCAAGACAGGUCUCAUCACCACGCCCUGCCGCAACGCAUGUCUGACACAUGUUGGGGCAAGCGAGCGGUGGCGGCGGCGGCGGCAAUCACACGGCGUCGGCAACGACGUAUGCCUCAUUUCGUUUCGGUCGUGGCCAAGCGAGCAAGGGCGGAGGAGAGCUCCCUCCCAGGCCGACCGGACGGACGGCUGCGUGGAGCACGACCGCCAAGCGAUGUUCUACGUGGGACACGGCCGCCAAGCGACGUCUACACCACCAUGGAGCGCCCUUGCUUGGAAUCGUGGAAGACUAACGUUUCAGUUGUAGGUGUCACGGAGCACAAAGGUCUGGCCUGCCGAACUUCGAGAACGGGCCUUGUCGCCGUCCGUGAGGCCCCGAAAUCGUAUCCACGCGGAAGAGAUGUAGGCAGGUCGGCAGCCCCGCUGUGCUCCGUGUGACCGGCCCCGCACGGGUCGUCUAGACCGUGCCGCACGGCGGGCCACUUAAAAGGACGUCGUCGACCCUUGGACUUGGCUGCAUCUGAGGGCACACACCAUCCGGCAUAAGCUCCGC